ACUGGGACUAGAACUCUCGUCUCCCCGGGCCUCUCGUCUUCGUCUAACCUACAAAAUCUCGUCUUUCCCUUUUUGCAAUUUACUGUAAAUUUCCAUCGAUAAUUGCAUAGAGAGAGAGAGAGAGAGAGAGAGAGAGAGAGAGAUAGGAAGAGACUUAUGGCAGACGAAGCUAAGGGAAAAGGAAACGCGGCGUUCUCCGCCGGAAACUAUGCCGAAGCUGUGCGCCACUUCACGGAGGCGAUCAGCCUCGCGCCGACAAACCACGUCCUCUAUUCCAACAGAUCCGCCGCCUAUGCCUCCCUCGGGAACUACUCCGACGCCCUGACCGACGCUCAGAAGACCGUCGAGCUCAAGCCGGACUGGUCUAAGGGAUACUCUCGGCUCGGCGCGGCUCACCUUGGUCUCCACAGCUACGACGAAGCGGUUGAUGCUUAUAAGAAGGGUCUGGAGGUCGACCCGAAUAACGAGGCCUUGAAAUCGGGCCUUGCCGAUGCGCAGUCUGCGCAGGCCCGAUCUCGGGGGCCGUCGUCGAGUCCGUUCGGGGAUGCGUUUUCCGGGCCGGAGAUGUGGGCUAGGUUGACCAGCGAUCCGAGCACUCGGGCGUACUUGCAGCAGCCGGAUUUCGUUAAGAUGAUGCAGGAUAUUCAGAAAAACCCUAACAAUUUGAAUCUGUAUUUGAAGGACCAGAGGGUAAUGCAGGCGUUUGGUGUUUUGUUGGGCGUGAAACUGCAGACUAGGACACCGGAGGACGAUGCGGAGAUGCCAGAAGCUUCACCGGAGAGAAAGCGGCCGGCCGAAUCAGACCCUGCUAAGGGAAAACGUCCUGAACCUACUCCACAACCGGAGCCCGAGCCCAUGGAACUAUCAGGGGAGGAGAAGGAUACUAAGGAGAGGAAGGCGCAGGCACAGAAGGAGAAGGAAGCUGGUAAUGCAGCUUACAAGAAGAAGGAUUUUGAGACUGCAAUUCAGCACUAUUCCAAAGCCAUGGAACUUGAUGAUGAGGAUAUUUCCUUCAUUACUAAUAGGGCUGCUGUGUACUUGGAGAUGGGAAAGUAUGAAGAAUGCAUCAAAGAUUGUGAUAAAGCAGUUGAGAGGGGAAGAGAGCUUAGAUCCGACUUUAAGAUGAUUGCCAGGGCUUUGACAAGAAAGGGUACUGCCUUAGUGAAGAUGGCGAAAUGCUCGAAGGACUUUGAACCUGCUAUUGAGACUUUCCAGAAAGCUCUCACAGAACAUCGUAACCCAGACACCUUAAAGAAGCUCAAUGAGGCUGAGAAAGCUAAGAAAGAUUUAGAGCAGCAAGAGUCUUUUGAUCCACAGGUAGCAGAUGAAGAGCGUGAGAAAGGUAACCAAUUCUUCAAAGAAAUGAAGUACCCAGAGGCAGUCAAGCACUAUUCAGAAUCUAUAAGAAGGAAUCCCAAGGAUCCUAGGGCAUAUAGCAAUAGGGCUGCCAGCUACACUAAGCUUGGAGCAUUACCUGAGGGGCUUAAAGAUGCUGAAAAAUGCAUUGAGCUUGAUCCCACAUUUGCAAAGGGUUACACUAGGAAGGGUGCGGUUCAGUUCUUCAUGAAAGAAUAUGAAAAAGCUUUGGAGACUUAUCAGGAGGGCUUGAAGCAUGAUCCUCAGAACCCAGAAUUACUAGAUGGUGUUAAGAGGUGUGUUGAACAAAUAAACAAGGCAAGCCGUGGUGAUCUGACUCCGGAGGAGCUCAAGGAGAGACAGGCCAGGGGAAUGCAGGACCCAGAAAUCCAAAAUAUUCUAACUGAUCCAGUAAUGAGACAGGUACUUGUGGAUUUCCAAGAGAAUCCUAAAGCUGCACAAGAACACAUGAAGAACCCUCUCGUGAUGAACAAGAUCCAAAAAUUGGUCAGUGCUGGAAUCGUUCAAGUCCGAUAAAAGUCCUAGUUGGAAGCCAAAUGAGAGCAUAGCUUGUGUUGUUGAAGGGAAUAGUUUGUCAAACAGUCUUUACUUUUAUAAAUUUAAACAAGUGAUGAUGUUCCAUUGUUCCAUUUUUCCAUUUUGGUUAUUCUCCAGCAAACUGCUUUCAAAUGGAUUUUAAUUUUUCAAGAUUACAAAUUUUGACUCUUUGUUUAGUUAACUGUGCAAACAAAGUGUUUCAUUCUUA